CAGGUGACCUCCAUUCCCGAAUAUGCCUUCAAAGGCUGCAGCGCCCUGGAGACCUUGGAGCUCCCCAGCUCUUUGACUCACAUCGGCACGGGCGCCUUCAGCGGGUGCAAGUCCUUGGUCUCCUGCACCAUCCCCAGCUCGGUGAAGCAGCUGGGACGGGGAGCCUUCAUGUGCUGCCUAUCCCUUCGCUCCGUGUCCAUCUCCACCUCCUUGACGUGCCUGGCGCCCGACACCUUCCGCCGCUGCGGCGGGCUGACGGAGGUGUCGAUCCCGCGCGCGGUGACGAGCAUUCAGAGCGGGGCCUUUGAGGCGUGCAGCGGUCUGAGGAAGGUGCAAAUCCCGGAGCAGGUCAUUUGUGUGGGUGAUCGUGCCUUUGCCAACUGCACGUCCUUGGAGCUUCUGGAGCUCAAGGGGAGGACCACACAGGUGGUGUGCAGUGCGCUGGAGGGUUCUCCGGCACGAGUGGAAUCGGUGCCAGUGCAGGGUCCUGAGUGAAGAACGCAUCAGGCCCAGCGGAAUUGCUUGGAGGGGGAGCUUGUGUACAGAAAACAAGCCGACCUCCAAGCGGCAUCCAGGAUGAAAUCGAUGAACUCUCUCAGGCCUAGCAGCAUAUGCUUGUGCCUUGCACCAAUGUGGAGCCCUCUGAAUGGAAACAGGAGGUCUCUGGUCACAGCGAGGCCUCAAAGAUGGGGCAUGGCAAAAGAUGUGGCCCAAAAA